UCCCCUCUCGCCCAAAUCGUACACAGGAAACACAAAAUGGAGGUGAUACUACCUGGCUGAGGAAAAGUACUGUUGCGCUCAAUAUUGUGCAAAACCUGAAACUUUUGUUAUUGUGUUGGAUAAAUUAAUAGUAGUUACGUCGACUCAGACACCGGGAAAGGAGUAUUAAAAUGUUUUGGACGUUAAUACUCGCCGCUUUUAUGGCGACAGAGUCCACCAUGGGUGUUGCUGUGCAGUGCCCUACCAAGAGGUACGUCGUCAUCCUCUUCCAGCCCGUCACUCUUGUCUGUAACUAUCAGACAACCUCCAAUCAGCUUCCCCUUGUCACAUGGAAGUACAAAUCAUUUUGCCGGGACCCUAUUCAGGCUGCGCUAAAUCCCAGCAGUGCAGAGAAUGCCCUGGCUCAGAACAACCCUAACUACGACCCCAACAUCGAGUGUGCCGACAGCCAGAGGACGUUACGCAUGGUGGCGUCCAAACAGGGCAGUUCUGUUUCCCUCAGCCAGGAGUACCAGGGCCGCAAGAUCAGCAUCAUAAACAAUGCUGACCUGAAUAUCGCACAGACGGCAUGGGGUGACAGCGGUGUCUACUUCUGUUCUGUUGUCUCUCCCCAAGAUCUUUCAGGAAAUGGUGAAGAUUACACAGAGCUAAUUGUACUUGAGAGAAAGUCAAAUACUACUGACCUCCUGCCUGGCAUUGACUUUCUGGUUAUGGAAGACUGGCUCUUUGUUGUUUUGGUGAUUUUGGGCUUCCUGUUGCUUCUGCUCCUGAUUGGGAUCUGCUGGUGCCAGUGCUGUCCACAUACGUGCUGCUGCUACGUCAGCUGCCCCUGCUGCCCCGAGCGCUGCUGCUGCCCACGAGCACUGUAUGAGGCUGGAAAAGCAGUGAAGAAAGGUGUGUCCAGUCAAUAUGCUCCCAGCAUGUAUGCUCCCAGCAUGUAUUAUCAGCCAGGAUACAGUGGCCAACUAGUGAACCAGCCCGCUGUACCCCUGCUUCCUCUACCCAAUGGAGCUGGACCCCCACCUCCCCAGAAUGGUUAUGGUCGCGAAUAUGAUGGCGCCAGCUCCGUUGGACAGGGCUCCCAGGUGCCGUUGCUGCAUGACCAAGACAGUGGAGGGGACCACACUCGCAGUGGAUAUCGUAUCCAGGUGGACCCAGACGGGAACGCCACCCGUGCCAUCUACUAUAUGGAGAAGGAGCUUGCAAAAUUGGACCCCUCGAGACCUGCUAACUACAAUCGCUUGGACAAUAUGAGUGAAGUCAGUUCCCUGCACGAUAGCUUGGAGCCUCGAGGGGCUCGCGGGGGUCGUUCCCAGCCGCCACCUUUGGCUACAGUCUAUGACCGAGAUGAAGCUAUGAGCACCAUCAGUAGCGUUUCGCAGCAAGGCCGCCGUCACGAUGACCACCCACGCCGUGGUGGCGGCUACAUGGGGGGUCGUGUACGCGCUCGCUCCAUGGACAACCUCGAUGACAUCGGACACCGCUACGACCGAGACAACUACCCACCCCACCGGCACCCAGAUGAACCCAGAGGAAGGAGAGGCUCGGAUGAUGAGUGGAGCAGCAGUGCCCGCGGUGGCUACAGCCGCGACUUUGAUGACCGCAGGCGUCGCGACUACUCCCCUGACAAUAAUCGAAGAAGAGAAGAAGGAGCCUACGGCGGCCUCCAAGGGAGACGCAGCCGCAGCCGCGACGAUCUGAUGGACCUGGAGAGGGAUCGCCGGCAUGGUGGUGCUGCCAGGGGUGGACGAGAUGAUUAUGAUGAUAGCUUCUUGCGAGAGGCUUUGGAAAAGAAGAGGAUGGGCGAGCAGCAGCGGGCACGCAGUCGGGAGCACCUGGACAGCGAGAGUGAUCGCUCAGAUCGGGCGAGAGCACCUCGUGGGGCUCCACCUCUUCCUCUGAAUCCGCCCUCUGGAUACCCCGGCCGUCGAGAUGCCUACCCACCUCCAUCACCACCGCCGUACAGUGAAGAUGAAAGUGUGUCAUCUUCAAAGAAAAGCAACCUUCGCAAGAAUGGAGCUGUGAGUCGGGAGAGCUUGGUUGUGUAACCAUGAUGUGAACAACCAGUCCAACACUGCAGCUUUGAUCUCUAACUACAAAAGGACCAGUUAACUGUAAAUAUUAGUCACACUGUGAUUUGCUGUGCUGAUUUUUGUAUUGUGUAAUUUACAGUAACCACAAAUUGAUGCUGAAUGUGUAUGUAUACUUUUCUAUCAGGGAAGAGGUGCACAGAUCUGUGCUCCUUUUCAUGUAUAAAAGAUUGUGGCUGCCACAAGUGCCUUAGAGUGUACAGAAUUUUUAAUAUAGAUUUUAAAGUCAAGCUGAUGCAUAAUUCUGAGUAAAAGUUUUCAUCUUAACACAUAAACAUGUUCAGAUAUGUUUUAACUUUCAGUUUUACUUAGCUGAUAAAGGGUACACAUUUGUAGGGUUAGUGGGUUGUUUGUGUUGGUUUUUUGUUACUUUCCUUUUUGCUUGUGAACAAAAAAAACCUUUUUAUACUACAAACUAUAUACUUAUUUUAGAAACCUGGUAAACAAAUAGUCUUAGAAAAAAUGUGUUUUGAGUACUUUUAUUUUUGUUAUCUCUCUCUCUCUUUUUUUAAACACAGAAUUUGAGUUUUAACCUACAAUAUAUUGUACAGCCAAGCAGUAGUAUCUUCAUAAUAUGCUAAUAAUAAUUGUAAUGUGAUGAAACCUGAUUUUACAAUAAAGGUCUCCAUUGCCAGGC